AUGUCUCUGACUACUGCACCAGCUGCGUCUCCAGAGUAUCUCGACGAAGACACUACUUGGGACUCGCUAAACUUGGACGCGAGGCUCUUGCAGGCUAUAGACAAGUUGGGAUUUGAAAGUCCCACUUUGAUUCAAAGUAGUGCUAUACCCUUGGCGUUGGAUGAAAAGAGAGACAUCAUUGCACGAGCCUCUACUGGGUCAGGCAAGACUGCCGCGUAUGCGAUACCUAUAAUACAGAACAUCUUGGCUUGCACCGAUGGCAAGUCGCUGCUGGGGACACAAGCUAUCAUACUUGUCCCCACGAGAGAACUUUCGAAUCAAGUGUACCAAUUUAUGGAGAAACUCAUCAAGUUUAGCAAUAACAAGAUUGGCAUAUUGAACCUUGCGUCGAAUUAUAGUGAUCAAGUGUUGAAAUUGCUAUUGACGAGUCAACCCGCGGUUAUAAUUUCAACUCCAAGCAAGUUGAUUCAAACCUUGGAGGCUAGUGACGAACAAGGUACGAUUAUCGAUUUGAACAACGUCAAAAGUCUCACUAUCGACGAGGUGGAUUUGAUUUUGAGCUUUGGGUACAAGGAGGAUCUAGAAAAGUUGGAAAAAUAUUUGCCUGUAAAGAAGAAUUUACAAACUUUCCUUAUGUCUGCUACAAUCAAUGAUGAUCUCAAUGACCUCAAGAGUAAAUUCUGCACAAAGCCAGCCAUUUUGAAACUCGAUGACGCCCAAAGCAGCGCCAACAAGUUGGUGCAGUUUUAUGCUAGGACCACCGAGUUUGAUAAGUUUUUGUUGUGCUAUGUGAUUUUCAAGUUGAACUUGAUCAAAGGCAAAACGAUUGUGUUUGUCAAUAAUAUCGACAGAGGCUAUAGGUUAAAGUUGUUUUUGGAGCAGUUUGGCAUCAGGUGUUGUCUUUUAAACAGUGAAUUACCAAUCAAUUCGAGGUUGCAUGUUGUAGAGGAGUUCAACAAGAAUGUGUAUCAUUUACUUAUCGCAACGGACGAUUUGUCCAUGGAGAAAGAGGAACAAGAUGACGGCGACGACGGUGAGGAAGAGGAGACCAAAGUCAAGGAGUCCCAAGACAAGAAGAGCAAAGAUAAGGAGUCCAAAGCGGUGACCAAAAAAUCGAGAAAGGACAAGGAAUAUGGAGUUUCGAGAGGAGUUGAUUUCCGCAACGUUGCAUGCGUGCUAAAUUUCGACUUGCCCACCACAUCCAAGGCGUAUGUGCAUAGAGUCGGGAGAACUGCAAGAGCAGGAAAAUCAGGCAUGGCUCUCUCGUUCGUGGUGCCCGAAAAGGAAGUUGGCAAACACAAGACUGCAUCGCUUGCGUCAGCCAAGAAGGACGAAAAGAUCCUAAAUCGAGUAGUCAAGCAGCAGCUGAAGAAUGGCCUUGAGGUGAAACCAUACCAGUUCGACAUGAAGCAAGUUGAAGGUUUCAGAUACCGUGCUGACGAUGCGUUUAGAGCCGUGACGCAGACUGCAAUCAGGGAAGCAAGGGUUAAAGAAUUAAAGAAUGAAUUGAUCAACUCUGAGAAAUUAAAGAGGUUUUUCCAAGAAAACCCUCAGGACUUGGCCAGUUUAAGACACGAUAAGGAACUCCACCCCACGAGAAUCCAACCGCACUUGAAGCGCUUGCCCCAGUAUCUUCUACCUGAGAGCGCUAGACUGGACGUCAAGAAUAUCGGGUUUGUGCCGUUUCAUAAAAACAAAGUAAACAAGCACCGUAAAAAGGCAAGCAAGGGCAAGAAGAAGCACGAUCCAUUAAAGUCUUUUAAAAAGUGA